AGGACAAGAACUUUGAAAAUAACGACUUAUUAGAAAUGUGCACUUUCGCAUCAACAUAAUAAAACACGAUGCGCAGCGCGCUAACAGGCCACAAGAGGGCGCGCACAGACCACACACGCCCUCCUGCCAGAGGACACUGGUUACAUCGCCCGUCAAGGACUGAGCAAGAAGUACGAUAGCAAAAAAGUAAUUACAAAACAGUUCUCAGUCUAUCGUAACUACAUUAAAGUGCAUUAUAUAAUAAACAUUGAGAGUGCACUCUGUAUUACAUAAUGCAUCUGAAAUUGUAUAAUUCAGAACAAACACUCCUGCGCUUUGGAGUCCAGUGCACACCUCGGUGCGGUGGGAGCUGAGCGGGGGGCUGUCUGAUCACGUUCAGACAGCACGCAGCGCGCUAAUCAAGAAACUCACCGCGCCGCCGUGCAGCGCUUCGGGGAUCCUGGGCUCAGAGGCGCGCCCGGCCCUCCUGGCCCGCCGGGAGCGCGCUCCUGGCUGGAGGCGAGCUCGAGGUGCGAGCCGGCGCGAGGCAGCAUGCCCUGACUGACAGACACAGCACGUGUCCGCGCUCAGAGCCCGCGGGACGCCGACUCGCUCCGAGCAUGGGGACCUGGGGCAUGCUCCUGCACCUCACCUGCCUGGCGUGCUGGCUGGACGUCUCUCUGCAAGGGGAGUUUCAGAGGAAGCUGUACAAAGACCUGAUGAAGAAUUAUAGCCCGCUGGAGAGGCCUGUGUCCAAUGACUCCCAUCCCCUCACAGUGUACUUCAGCCUCAGCCUCAUGCAGAUCAUGGAUGUGGAUGAAAAAAAUCAAGUUUUUACAACAAACAUAUGGUUACAGCUGUACUGGAAUGACUUCUACCUUCAGUGGAAUGCUUCUGACUAUCCAGGGGUGAAGAACGUUAGGUUCCCUGAUGAGCAGAUAUGGAAGCCAGAUGUUCUCCUCUAUAAUAGUGCUGAUGAGAGAUUUGAUGCAACCUUUCACACCAAUGUGCUUGUGAAUUCCACAGGAUACUGCCAGUACAUCCCACCAGGAAUCUUCAAGAGCACCUGUUACAUAGACGUAAGAUGGUUUCCCUUUGAUGUGCAAAGGUGUGAUCUCAAGUUUGGCUCCUGGACCUAUGGUGGCUGGUCCCUUGAUUUGCAGAUGCUGGAAGCUGACACAUCUGAAUAUAUUCCCAAUGGAGAAUGGGACCUUGUGGGUGUCCAGGGGCGCCGGAAUGAGAGGUUCUACGAGUGCUGUGAGGAGCCGUACCCAGACGUGACGUUCACAGUGGUCAUGCGCCGGCGCACUCUGUACUACGGCCUGAACCUGCUCAUCCCCUGCGUCCUGAUCUCCACGCUGGCUCUGCUGGUCUUCCUGCUGCCUGCAGACUCGGGGGAAAAGAUCUCGCUGGGAAUUAUUACUAUUAUUAUUAUUAUAACUGUGUAGUCUGUUCAUUUCACCUCUUAACAAACCCUUUUCUCUCUUGCAGCUCAGUAUUUUGCGAGCACAAUGAUCAUUGUCGGACUGUCUGUAAUUGUCACUGUCUGGGUCUUACAAUUCCAUCACCAUGACCCUGAUGGAGGCAAGAUGCCAAAAUGGACACGCACCAUCCUGCUGAACUGGUGCGCCUGGUUCCUGCGCAUGAGGCGGCCGGGGGAGGAGAAGGUCCGGUCCGCUUGUCACCACUCCCAGCAGCGCGGCAGCGUCUGCAGCGUGGAGCUCGGCGCCAACGGCGGCCUGGCGUACCUGGGCACCCGCGGGCUGGAGGGCGCGCGCUAUGGCGCCGCAGCGGAGCCGGGGCUGGGCGUGGCCGAAGAGGACCUGCUCCUGCCCGGCGCUCACGGCGUGGAGCACGAGCUGGCCAAGAUCCUGGAGGAGGUGCGCUACAUCUCCGGGCGGUUCCGGGCUCAGGACGAGGAUGGGUCCAUCUGCAGCGAGUGGAAGUUUGCGGCCUCUGUGAUUGACCGUCUGUGCCUCAUGGCCUUCUCUGUCUUCACCAUCCUCUGCACCAUUGGCAUCCUGAUGUCGGCGCCUAACUUCGUGGAGGCGGUCUCGAAGGACUUCACCUGACACGACUGCAUCCACACAGACCAGCCCCACGUGUCUCAAUAAAUAUCGCAAACUGCU